CAAAUCAAUCUCUCUCUAUAUCUCUCUAACCUGUGAAUCGAAUUUAUAUGAGCAAAAUAAAAAAAAAAAAAAUUAUAUACCGUUAGCUUAUUUUUUUUUUUUGCAUUUUUUAUGGAUAUUUUUAUAAAUAUUUGAUUAAUUAAUCACUCACUACUGUGAAGUAGUAUAAAAUUUAUGGUGAUAAAAAGAAGUCGAAAACGUGAAUUUGGCAUUUUCGUAAUAGACAAACAGCCUACACUUUGGAUUGGAGUCUCGCUAUUCCAUUGAGAGUUAAAAAUAAUUUGUAUUUUCGUUAAUAAAUAAGUUAAUAUGUCAUAUAACGUGAACCCAUUAGCUGGAACUGCUCAUUUGCUUGAUGAAUUGGAUAAGAAACUAAUGGUGCUGCUCCGUGAUGGGAGGACCCUGAUUGGAUAUCUGCGUUGUGUCGAUCAAUUUGCCAAUUUAGUAUUACAUAGGACAAUUGAAAGGAUACAUGUUGGCAAAGAGUAUGGGGACAUACCAAGAGGCAUCUUUAUUGUGAGAGGGGAGAAUGUUGUUCUUCUAGGUGAAAUUGACAAAGAUAAGGAAGACAAUUUACCAUUAACAGAAGUGUCAGUGGAUGAUAUCCUGGAUGCACAGCGAAGGGAACAAGAUGCUAAAAUUGAACAACAGAAACUGCUCUCAAAGGCACUGAAAGAGAGAGGUCUUAACUUAGUAGCAGAUUUAGGGCAUGAUGAUAUGUUUUAGUUUCUAUUACUCUGUGUAUUGUAUCUCUAUUGUAAGACUGUAAAUCAUUUCUGUUAAAUUAAAAUACAUAUUAUUGAUAAUAAUA